AUGGGAAGUGUGCAGAGUACAGAUAAAGCUAAGGAUGGGUUGAGUGCUGAGUCAAAUGACCAGAGGGUGCAGAAAUCUUUAUUAGUUGUGUCUUCUCCGAGCGGGACGUUGAACCUUGAUAUGACUUCUCCUAUGGUUACUGAGACAGGUUCUUUAUCUAAAGAAAUUGUGGCGGCUCAUCAUGUCAUUAGUCCUGGAAUCCAGGAUUGCCCUCCUCCCAUUAUGCUACAGUUCACUGACGAUGGCAGCGGGCAGAAUGCUGUGGCUAUUAACAGUAAAGGGAAAGGAUUAGCAUGCACUGAAUCCAGCAAGCCAAAUCAUAUGUCAUGGAAAAGGCAAGCUAGAGCAGUUGGUAGACUGCAGAGGAACCAGCAGGGGUCAGAAGUGGUUGAGAAGGAAAAGCAGCUGUGUUUUGUGAAGGAGAUCAAGGAUGGGCUUACUACUUUGGUGUUGUCUGACCCUUGGGUUCCUUCUUUGGAUAAUGGCAUCCCUUUAGUUGCUGUUGAUGCUCAAAUAUCUGAAUAUCUGAGAGUUGCUGAUUUAUUAGAAGAUGGAGGCAGAAGUUGGGAUGCAUCUGUUAUUAGGAGAAUAUUUACUUCCCAUUCUGCUGAAGCUAUUCUGAAGAUCAAUAGUAUGGAUCCUGCAAAGAGAGAUAGAUGGAAGUGGUCUGGAGAUCCUAAUGGUUUAUUUUCAGUUUCCUCUGCUUAUGCAAAAGCUAUGGUGAAGAAAAGAUCUGGGAGCACUGGAAAGAUUUGGCACCGAAGGAAGAACUCUGUUGAGAUUGAUAGCAGUAUUUUGGAAAAUGAGCUGAACCAAAAUGUGGUAGCUGAUAAUGCCAAAGAUGGCAAUUUCCUUUCAGUUUCAGAUUCAACUAGUUCAGGUUCCAUUUCACUUCACGUGCCGAACGCAGCUCAAUUUCAGCAGAACACGAGCGAAGAAUGGGCAGCUAUACGUAUCCAAACGGCUUUCAGAGGAUUUUUGGCUAGACGAGCGUUACGUGCUUUAAAAGGAUUGGUGCGACUUCAAGCUCUGGUCAGGGGUCAUGCUGUAAGAAAGCAAGCUGCUAUUACACUCCGUUGUAUGCAAGCUUUGGUAAGAGUUCAGGCUCGUGUCCGAGCUAGGCGUGUUCGUAUGGCAUUAGAGACUCAAACAGCGGAACAGAAACUUCAGCAACAACUUGAGCACGAGGCUCAUGUCAAAGAAAUUGAAGAUGGAUGGUGUGACAGUGCCGGGUCUGUUGAAGAAAUUCAGGCGAAAUUGUUGAAAAGGAAGGAGGCAGCGGCUAAGCGUGAAAGAGCAAUGGCAUAUGCUUUAGCUAACCAGUGGCAGGCGGGGUCAAGGCAGCACACCACACCUGCUGGUUUUGAACCCGAUAAAAGCAGCUGGGGUUGGAACUGGUUAGAAAGGUGGAUGGCUGUCCGGCCCUGGGAAAAUCGCUUUUUAGACACCAACCUUAAUGAUGGUGUGAAAAUUCAUGAGAAUCAACUGGCUGAUGUGAAGAAUGCACCGACAACUAUGCCCAAUUCAACAGGAAAGAGACCCACGUCAAAUAUUGUAAAUGGGAAAGCUCCUCGUUCAUGCAAUAACUCUAAUGAGAAAAAGGCUGCAUCCCAUUCGGAUGGCUGUUCUUCACCACCCAACAAGUCGGCCAAUGUACAGGAGACACCUGGGACAUUGUCUAAAACAGUUCUUGAAGACUUCGCUGAGGAAGCGACCUCAAGGCCCAAUGUUGUCACGAGAUCACAUAGUAAUCCUAAAGAGAGGUCGGCCCUAAUGAAUAAAUCGGGGAAGAAGCGAUUGUCUCUAUCAGGCAGUGGACAAAGUCAUGGGGCUCAAACAGCCAGGCCAAAGCCUACCGUCAAAAGAUCACCCACUGCUCUGAAACCAGAGAAAGACAAAGCACAACCGAACGGGUCUAAUGCAAAGCCUUUAAGUAGCAGCCCGAGAACUGUUCUUUAG